AUGGCCAAGGACAAGUCAGAAAAGAAGGACAGGAAGCGAAAAGCAGCGGAGGUCGAAGCUGAGGACGUUGAGAUGGCAGAUGUUACCGAGUCCCCAAAAAAGUCAAAGAAAGAGAAGAAAGAGGUCGAAAUUUCCCCGGAGGAUUUGUCCCCUAUAGCCCAACCUCUGGCAGAGAAGAAUCUCCUCGUCCUGGCCGCCGACAUCAACCCAAUAGACAUUAUCUCCCAUUUGCCCGUGCUAAGUGAAGAAGCUCAAAUACCCUACAUUUUCGUUGCAUCCAAGGAAGAGCUUGGUCAUGCAAGUUCUACAAAACGGCCAACGAGCUGCGUAAUGAUCUGCCCGAACCAGAAGCGGAAGACGAAGAAGGAGGGCGAGGACAAGGACAAGGAUGAUGACUAUAAGGAGCUCUACGAAGAGUGUUAUAAGGAGGUGGAGAAGCUCGACAACAGGAUUGCUUUCUAG